GUUGUUUUUGUUGUUGGUUUUUGAGACAACACCUUGAACCUUAAAUUUUCGGGAUUUAUUUUAUUUAACAGCAUGAAUGGCUGGGCUAGGGGUGUUUUGUGUGGUCUGCAUUACCAUAUACUACUUUGUUUCAUCACUCUUACCAAAAUUACUUGCUUGGCUUUGUAAGCAACGUUUUCAUGUAGAGGUUCACAUAGGGAAAAUCUCUUUUCUCUACUUCCGACUUCAAGAUGUCCACAUCAAGAAGAAUGAAUUUUCUGUGCACAUAGAAGAAGUAGGUUUCCGCAGCAAUUUUUUCAGCAGUGAAGUGACUAAAUUACUAGCUGUUGUGUUACGAGAUGUUCGUAUCAACAAAGAUGUGGGAAACAGCUCGGAUGGUGCCAAGUCAUCCCGUCAUUUACCUGAUGAUUGGUCUCAUAUUGAUUUUCGGAACAAGAAGAUACCACCCUCCAUAAUUACGUUUGCCCAGUUCAUGGCAGUUCACAUAACGAACUUGAAUGCAAUGCUGUUGCAUCAGCAGUCGCCUGAGUGGUUAGUUCAUGCGACAGCAGCUGAAGUCCACUUAGAUGGUAGUGUGGUCCAUAGUGCCCGAUCACUCUUAGUAAAUGUGGUGCUUGCUAAUGCUUCAGCCAAACUACUCAGGCAUGCAUCUACAGCAGACCGCAAUAAACCCCAGACCCAAACUUGUCUUGGAGAAUUGUCAUUUGGUGUUUCUCUUGAAGCAAUGAUGGCUGCCCAAGGGUCCUUAUCAGUUGAGAAACUUCAUGUGUCCUUAGAACAUUUAAAAGCUGUGAUAAAUGAUGGCCUUUACACCUUUGCUGCUGAAAGAAGGAAGCAAGAGGGGUAUAGGACUGGAAUGGGGGCCCAAAAAGAUUCUAAAAGUGGCAAAGAGAGGAAAGGUUCUAGUGAUUCAGUAUUGGUGUCUCAGACCCAACUGUACAGCCCAGCUAUGAUAUUAUCCAGCCUCUCCCCUCUUAUCCCAAAAGAUAUGAGUCUCAAAGUGGAAAAUUCCCAUCUGACCGGCAUGAGAGCUGCCAGUAGCACCGAGUUUCGCGCCUCUCUUCACAGUUUGGAAAUUCAUACCAGCUUUGUCUUAAAAUUAGCAGGAAUACAUGGUGAAUCAGUAGUUCCAGAGGUAUCUGUAGGACUGCAAUUAAAUGAUCUGGACGUUCGUGAUGAGAGAGAGAAAGUUUUCUUAUUACAAAGAAUGACUUUAAAAGCAGGUCUGGAGGGGAAGUUAUUGAAGGUAAAUCUUCGAUUAAAUACGCUGUCAGGCACUUACAACCACCGGGCUGUGCACUCUUGGGUGUCAACGAAUUUUCUUCGCACUUCUCGUUCCUUGCACUCCUCACGUUCCUUCCCCUCAUCUCAUGACUCACAAACGCAUAGUAGUUCUUAUUCGAAGGAUAUGGAAGUUGAAGCAAGAGAUCAUUCUCACAAAUACCCUAGUCGUAACUGGAUGCAUGAAAUUUUGAGUGGCUGUAAAGUGUCAGGCAGUGUGGAACUGUUUGAUGUGUCAACCCAUUUGCGCAUGUCUAGUUCAGAGGGCAGUGCCUGCAUCGGUUGUAAUCACAUUCGCCUUGGUCUUGAUCAGGUUUUCACAUUACAAGGUCAUACUUCCGCUCAGUCUAUGGAAGACUGGUCUGGUGAAUUAUUGGUUGAGGCCCUAUGGUGCCGCCUUGGUUUGUUGCGUGAUGAUACUGAUGUUGAUAUUUAUCAGAGAAGGCGGAGUCAUGUAUGGGGAACCCCACUUUUCCUUGGCGUUAUGCUUUUGAAUGUCCGAGGGCGAGCAGGUGUUUUGCACCCUCAUAAGUUAGAUGGAAUGUUGAACAUGUUGUGUGGCGAGUGGAGCCCCAAGUUGGCUGCAUUUCUUAUCCAUGCUGUCAAGUGCUAUGGGGAUUAUAAAGACUCCAAAGACAGAGCUCCUAAAGUAAAUCGCCAUCAAAAGUCCAACUCUCAGUUACUGUCAUGGAUAAACUCUUGCUCUCUUAAUGCAAAGAUUACAAAUUCUAACUUGUUUUUUAUCAAAGAUCCUCAAGUGGGUGUUAUGCUUCGUUUGGAUUCCAUAAUGAUUGAGAAGGGGUCUAAGUCUAAUAUGUCAGUGGAAGGCUGCAAAGCUGUCUCUCUUACACCUUCUGGAGUUCCAUUCAUUUGCUUGAAGUCGGAAGAAGUGAAGGCUGCCUAUGCUCAUAUUCAACAAGCUAGAGUCCAAUACCAAAAUAAAGUAGUGGAACUUCAACUGCUGGAAGAGAUCUUUGCUACAUGGAGUACUAAUCUUCAUCUAAGGUUGCUUGCUUUGGGACAGGAUCUGGUUCAGUUUUUCUCGCAGAUUUUGUACAAGAAGCACUCUGCCCCAUCUGAGGAAGGGAAUUUAAACAAAGGUUUUUGGAAUGUCUUGGAUGAGGUGAAAAUAACUGCUCCUGGGCAACUGAAGUUAGGCAUAGAUCUUUCUGAGAACCACAACAUGCUUGUGACAACUGGUGACAUUUCUCUGCGUAUUGGAAGUGAAACUAGUGGUUAUUCAGCCAACACUAUUCUCAUAGCUGUAGAUGAUCAAAAUAUUUUCCACAUUGACAAUUUCCUCAUGGAGAUGAUUCUGGACCUAGAAGAUGUCCGUCUUGAAAGGCAAAAUACGGAAGGUUUCACCCUUGAGUGGAACAAGACAUGGUCAACAACUAUAUCAUCAUUUCGAGCAAUUUUCCCCUAUGAGCACAACUUUGCAGAAGCAGUGCGUAAAGAGCUAGUCAGCAUUGUUAAGUGGUUGAAGUUGAUUCACCAUAGGCAAAAGUCAGAUUUCACAUCCAAAAGUCCUUUGCCAGCUGACAUGGUCAUCAAGGUCAAAGAGUUUUUGUUCGAGAUGAGUGAUGAUCCUUUUGAAGUAAAGCUCCGUGAUAAUUUUGAACUGCUAGAGGACGAGUAUAAAGAAAGCUUGAAGCGUCAAAAAAUGCUUGAUGCCAAGGUUCAAGAGUUAUGUAAAGAACAUCUCCUAAUGCCCGCUGGAAAAGUUGAUGAACUGUACACAUCUUUGAGCAUGAAGAAUGCUGAGAUAUAUGUCCAACGGUCGAAACAAAUGAAUCAGACCCCACCUCGUACUAGGCUCUUUGCCUGGUUAAUGACAGAUGUAGAGAUCAUGGCCCUGGCUGAUCCUUCUAUUCAUGGUGCAGAAAACGUAGUCGAGAACAUGACUGAAAUUGAUCCAGAUAGCCCAUGGCCUGAAGAUGGCCUUGAAUUCUCAACUUUGUGGUGCCGAUCUGUGUCUGCAAGUUGCAAAGAGUGGCAAUUUCAGCUCCGAGAUUUCCCUCAACCUCUUUUGCUUAUACAGGAGCUAAGCAUUUGGGGCAGAUUGGUGGGAGCUGAACAAGUAGCACCUAAGCGUGCUAAGCGAGGAGUAUCAAUUGAUUUGGGUGAUCCAUGGGGUAAAGUCGAAGUAGACCGCAGCAUGACGUCACUAAAAUUCUAUCACGAUUUUAAUUGUGAUGUGGAGACAUUUAGUUAUGCAUUUGGACCAUGUUGGGAACCAGUCAUUGCCCAAUGCAAUCUCAGCUUUGGUCAAAUUUCCCCUCCCUCCUUGGAUCCUAGCCCAACCCUCCCAUUCUGGGACAAAAUGAGACUUCUUUUUCAUGGCAGACUAACUAUGGUGACCAGAACAUUGACUGUGCUUCUGCAUGCCUCACUGGACCCUUACAACACAACAGAAGAAAUGGAGCUGACAUGGAGAGACGUUGCCCUAGAUUGGACCAAUGCAAAAGUUGUCUUCAAAGGGUCUCUCAAUGUAUAUGUGCGGACUGCAUCAAAGUAUGACGACUGCCGCCUUCUUUUCUUACCUGAUUUGAGAAUGACAGUGAAACUGGGCUGGGUCUGUUUAGCAGAUCCCAAUGAUCAUCAUUCUGUCAUGCCCUGUGCCCCUGAUAAAUUACCAGAGUACUCAAGUAACCAGGAACAUGACUCAUACAGAGCUUUUCGCUCCCAAAACCUCAACGUGAGCAUCUCUAUGGAGACCAAGCAAAGUCCUAAUGGGCCUUCAAAGCUGGACCCUACUAUACUGCUAUAUGGCAGCACUCUGAGGUGGUUUGAAAGCUUAAAAUUAAUUCUGUCAGGAGUGACAAGGCCUACUCGUCGAGGAGCAUUAUUCAAAAACAGUCGUCCAAAGAAAAAGCAACUUAGCAGGCAUUAUCGUAAAGUGCACUUAUCAUUAGUCCUUCAUCGGUUCCACAUAUCCUAUUGGAUGUCAUCGUCUAUGCAGCGUGGGUUUGAAGUAUUUGGGGGCAGGGUUACCUGUAGCUCAGAGCAUACAUUAUCUAUGGUUCCUGUGGAUGAUGGCCUUAAACACCGCCCAAGAUCAGAAUGGGCAGUUAUGUACAUGAAUUGUGAAUCAAAUGAUGCUGAAACUUGGCUUAAGAGUGCUUUAUUGGGGGAUGAGAGCAAAGAGCACAUCCUACAUCGCCAGCCAGUCGAAAAGUGUUACUUUUUAAGUGUCUCCAAGGUGUCAUAUGGACGUGAAGCUGUGAUACCUCACAACGAACGCCCAGUUGACACACCAACUCAUAGGCUGGUGGUACAUGGACUGAAGGGUGCGUGGACCAAGAGUAAUCGGGAUGUGGCGUUUGCCCUAUUUGACACCGUUGUCAAAACCAAGCAAUUAAAGAAGAACUUGUCAACUGAAGCUCUGAAAGGCUUCAGAUCAGAAAACACAACAACUCCAUUGAAAACACGAACCCGCCCAACUGAUGGGCAGCUCACACCACCUUCUAAUCCUAGUCUUCAGGCUGCUGGUAUGCAAGCUACUCCCUCACCAAUGACUAAAAUCCAAUCUGGGCAUGCUGCUAGCAUGCUUCAACAACUAAUUGCUGAAGCUGACAAAAAGUCGGUUGUCUUCAGUGAUGAUCUCUCCACACAAACUCGAGACCAGAAUUUGCAAGGUGUUGCUGCCUGUCAAGAAGAUGAUGUGGUGCACAAAAAGUGGCUGAUUGCAUUGGUGAACAGUCAAGUUCUGCUAAAGGGAUGUGAAACAAAGGGAUAUGUCAUUAUAAGUGCUGCCAAAGCUGAAGUUCUUCAAAGAAUCCAUAGACCUGCUUGGAAAGACCACACCCUUGUAUCCAAAACUACAUGGGUUGGAUCUUUGGAAUGUAUGCAGUAUUAUGCAACUGUAAGUGCUGGCGAAAAUUAUAACAUUGAUGAAAAUAUAAUGUGGCUUUCUGUGGAAAAUAUUCAAGAAAAAGAUUCUAAGGUAAUAGCAGACUUACCUGACCUGCCCCAUUUAGUUGGAAGUGGCCAGUCUGUUGGUGGAGUGGUCAGUGAAACUGUUGGAGGAAGUAGUACGGGUGAGAACCCAGCCAUUCAACUACAAAGAAUUGUCUCUCGCUGCAACUGCGAGUUUUUCUAUGUUGGGUAUGGAGAUAGUAGUAUUGAUCCGAGUACUCUAGGGGAAGCUCAGGUACCACCUUUACCAUUAGAUGAAGGGGCUCCCUGGGAGAGAAGAGAGAGGGCGGUUGAUGCAUUUACAUUGAUGCACCACGAUCUGAAUGUCAGCACAAAUUCACUGCAAUACGCAAUGCUUUUGGAUAUUAUAAACAAUCUUUUGUUGUAUGUUGAGCCUCAUCGCAAGGAAAGAUUAGAUCGGCUUCAACGAUUACGAUUCCAGCUGCAAUUAUUGAGUCGCCAAGAGGAUGAGCGUAAACCUAUUCAACAACUACAAAACUAUGUAAGAAGUCUGGUUUCAAAACUCCGUCGUCUGGAAAAGGAAACCUAUCUACUGCAACGGGCUCUCGCAGAAGAGCCAGAUGAACCAAGUCUGCUUGCGCAAAUGGAAGAUCUUGAAGAUGCAGUAAAUGAGUGCAAAGAGCACUUGUCUGCUGAAAGUGAAGAACUUGAUAUGAUGUUGUCAUGUUACAAGGAGCGACAACUGUCAACCACUCAGAAAGUUGCCACAUCGAGAAAUGACAAACCUAUUACAGUUGUCAGAGCUUCUGAAAUUAGUUUUAAGCAUGCUAAAUGGCAACUAACUGAUAGUGAUGGUCAACUUGGAAUAGCUGACCUCAUCCUCAGCAACUUCUUGUACACCAAACAUUCAAAAAGUGAUGAUUCUGUCGAGCAUUUGCUUGAAUUAGGAUACAUUAGUGUUGAGAACCUGCUUCCCAAUGAGGCCUAUAAGGAAGUUUUAGUGCCAACAGAAAGUCCUAAUAUUAUGCCUGUUGAUCGGAAGAGAGCUCUGAGAGUAUUUUGUCGUGAGAAAGCUCCAGUUGCUGGCAUAUCAAUCAUGGAACAUUUUGAAAUUAAUGUUGUUCCAAUUACUAUUGGACUUACAAAAAAAUUCUUUAAUUUAAUGCUUAAGUUCUGCUUUCCUGAAAGAGACCCUGACAAUAUUGAAGGUGAUCAAGUUGACAUGGGGGAUAUUGAAGCUGAUACAAGAAGUCUUGGGAGAGCUUCAUCUAGUUCAAGAAUCUCUGGGAGUUCUAAACAGAAAAAAAUGAAAGACUCCAAUUUUUAUGUCCCUAUAGAGCAUAAAGAUGAUGUUGAAAAAAUGAAAGAGAGAGCAGAAAAAAAUAAAUUAUUUAUCUACAUCAAGAUUCCUGAGGUUCCGGUUCGAGUUAGCUACAAGGGCAACAAGGAAAAGAGCUUAUCAAACGUCAGGGAUUUAAACUUGCUCAUAAGAAUGAUGGAAUAUCACAAUGUUACAUGGACUUGGCUUGAUCUGUUACUAGCUAUGAAAUCUGAAUGUCGAAGGGCAAUUGUUUCUCAGGCAAUCAAACAUAAGUUACUUAAAAUGAAGGCAGUUGCUGAUGACUCCCCUUCGCCGCAAGAAGAAGACAAGGCACGGAUGCUUUUGGGUGCCAAGCUCAUGCCUGGCGAAAGCAAAAGUUUAAAGAAAGGUGUUUUUAAAUUUCCCAAGUAGUCCAAAGUGAUUGAAGGAGGUUUGAAAAUCUGUGAGCAAUAUGUUUUGCUGUACCUUUGUUGUUAUGUACAUGUUUAAGAUGACUUCAGGGGUAAAUCUACCCCCUUUUUUAAAGCUUGAAUCAUUAUGAGAUGUUGUUUGUGUUUUGCUUUUCUUUGAAAAAAAAAGGAAGAUAGUUUGAUUAGGGGGAAAAACUGAACACAUUGUUUUUAAAAGAUUCUAUUUGUAUCUGUAGACUUCCAGAAGUUACCAAUAUUUUUACAAGUAUGGGAUCAGUAUUUGUUGCAAUGAUUUUAGUUACAUUUUUGUUUUUGAGUGCGAGAGGUGUGUCAAUGUGUGAGGUAAUGAUUAUUCUGUGAUAAAAAUUCUGGGUUUGUUGGUUUUAACUUUCUGACAAUCAUAAGGAAAGUCUAGAAAGUGACGUUUAAGACCCAAGUAUUUAAAUAUUAGGGUAUAUGUAUUUGAAUAAACAUUGCUUUAAUAAUUAAUGUUUGAAUAAUUUAUUAAUUUAGUGCGUACAAUCUUUGAAAUUUUACAUCAUUGACUAAAGUGAAGCAUGCAACAACAAAUAUGCAGAGAUGCUACAGUUCAUUAUAAUUUCUAUGAAAUAAACAAUUUUCUCCAUAUGACACUUGGGCAUAUAAGUAAUUCAUGCCUUUAAUAGUGUGAUUGUGGACUGGAAACAAUAUACACAAGUAAAAACAAACAUAAUUAAAACAAUGUUGGUUCUCGAAAGAAAAGUUCUGUUGAAUCGUGGAAAUAUCCACCUAGUAAAACUAAAAUCUAAGAGCAAUUUGGACAUGAUGACAAGUUUCCAACAUG